GACGGCGCACCCAUUAAACAGACCGAACUCAUGAGGCUUAAGACCAGACCCGACGGCAGCGUUUGUCUGACCAUCGAUUGCGCCAAACUAUCGGACGCCGGAAAGUACGCCGUCUUCGCGAAGAUCGGCAACAGAGGCGUCGGUUCGAUGUCUGUCGUCUCCGUCACGAAAGCGCCCGAAGAAGAGAAACCACAGGAAGAAGAAGAGGCGCCCGAAGAGGAGGACCAACAAAUGGAGUUUAAGGACAAACUGCCCAAAGCCUUAACAGUAGCCGAAGGAAGUCCAUUGAAACUCGUGGCGAAGAUCGCGCGACGCGGCGAACGGAUUCCCGCAUUAAAGUGGACUAAAAAUGGGGCUCCGGUUGAAGAGUCCGAUCGCGUGUAUCGCGAGUCGACGCCCAACGGAACCGUUGCGCUGAAGAUCGACAGCGCGUUGCUAUCAGACGCCGGAAACUAUACGCUGAGCUUCAAGACGGCGGACGGUAUGAAGAGCUGCAACGUUGCCGUUCAGAUCACACCCAAAUCGACUAUAGAUAAGCCGGUCUUCAUUAAAGGUCUGUCCAGAAUGAGCGCAGAGGAGGGAAAGUCGUGUCGAUUGGAGUGUAAAGUUUCGGGAGAUAUUGAAACAAUCAAUUGGUUUAAAAAUGGAGAGAAAAUAUCGGCGAACGAACACUUCGGGUUCGUUAGGGAUUCGGACGGAACUCUGGCUUUACUCAUAGAUUCCCUUAAAUCCGAUGAUUCGGCCGAAUAUUCUGUGGAAGUAAUGAAUAAGAGCGGAAAGGCUGACACCUCUGCCGCCCUUAAAGUCGUACAGAAGGCCAAAGAAAAGCCAAUAUUUUUGGAGGAAUUGAAGCCAAUUAUGUCGAGUGAAGGAAAUAAACUAAUUUUGAAAGCCGUCUAUAAGUCAGACCUUCCGGCGACCGUUAAAUGGAUGAAAGAUGGCUUUGACCUGAAGGCUGAUCAUAGGAUUCAAAUACAUGAGGGACCGGACGGUACGGUCACUCUGACCAUAGAGUCGGCCCUUAUGGACGAUAGCGGGAAAUAUACGGUUUCGGUGAUCAAUGAUGAGGGAAGAGUGCGAAGCAGUGGAGCCGUUACUGUCGGCUCCAGAGAUGACAAUAAACCCGUUAUCACCGAAGGUCUCAUUCCAGUCACUCUAAUGGCUGGAGAGACGGGAAAGUUGACGGUUAAGGCCUCCGGAGAACCCGAGAUUAGGUUUAUUAAAGAUGGCCAACAAGUGAUUCCCAACGAUAGGGUCCACAUAAAGGGUCAGCCGUACGGCAAAACUGAACUCGUUUUCGAUGAGGUCAGGCCUGAAGAUGAGGGCAAUUAUAUUGCGGUCGCAGUCAAUGAUAACGGAGAAGCGAGAAGUAGUGCACCGGUUCUUGUGAACAGGUCGCCAAAGUUUGAGAAAUCAUUGACUGAAACGACUGGAAUCGAUGGAUAUCCAGCAAAACUGGAGACCAAAGUUGACGGCCGGCCGACACCUGAUAUCAAAUGGACAAAAGACGGCCAAACACUGCGUCCCGACGGAACUCAUCUUAAAGUAUACGCGGGAGACGACGGCAUUCACACACUUUUGUUUGACAAAUGCUCGCCAAAUGAUUCCGGCACUUAUGGUGCGAUUGCGAGCAAUGAGUUCGGAAAGACCGAGACUUCGGCCCCUUUUACGGUCAAAUCCAAGGUCGAAGACAUGGGCCCCGAAUGCGCCCCAAUUUUCAUCGGUUCCCUUCAAGACGUGGCCGUAAACGAAGGCCAGACCAUUGACUUCUUCGCUGAAAUCAAAGCCAAUCCGAUUCCUGAUAUAAAAUGGUAUUUUAAUGGACAAGAAAUACAAAUUUCGGAUAACAUUCUCAUGUCUUUCGACGGCACGAGAGCUCAGCUAAAGAUAAUCAAAUGCGAAGCCAAACAAAUGGGCGAAUACGAGCUCAAAGUGACCAACAGUUUGGGUGAAACGAGCUCUAAAGCGAAGGCCGAUGUGAUCGGCAAAAGUGCGCCCAAAUUUGUGCAAAAGUUUACGGACUCUGAGGUCGGACUCUCGGAAUCGUUGAAAUUGGUGUGUCGUGUGAUUGGAUUUCCGGCGCCCGAUAUCCAGUGGUUCUGUAAUGGAGAUCGUAUUGAAGCGGGAAUUCAUUACACGAAGGGAGAGUCGGCCUCUUUCCUCAAGAAACUGUCCGAUUGUGAGGUACGGGAAGGAAAGACCGCUAAAUUUACGGCCUGUGUUACCGGUUCACCAAAACCCGAGAUUAAAUGGUUCAGGAAUGGCGUUGAAUUUGAUCCGUUGUCGUCGACCACCAAAUACGGUGUGGAAUACCUGAGGAAUGGAUUGAUUCGGUUUGAGAUCCGUUCGGUGGAAGCGUCGGAUUUGGGUGAAUACCGGUGCCACGCGAUGAACGCUCUCGGCUACGACAACUCCAUCGCGACCCUCAAGUUUGAGUGUAAGCCCUGUUUGAUGCCAUCAUUACUAUCAGCCCUGUUUGGCGCCAAUCAAAGAGCAGUCACACAAUUAUUAACACCCGAAUUGAGUCCCAUUUCGUGCGCCCUUUCGGCCAUCAGUUUGUUUGUGGCGCUAAUAGUCUUACUGAACGCUUUCAGUUCCCCGCCAUUCCCGCCGCAGCCGUGCGAUACAACUCUGGCCAAUAUUACAGAGUUUGUAUUCAAAUGCACCAGCGAUUCGUGCCCUUCCACUCCCCCUAAAUAAUUGGGACAUUAAUUGCAAUAACAACUAUAUGUUUGCGUAACGCCUGUAACCCGAGUGAAACUGUUGGCCAUAACUAUCUAUCGCUCAUUGUUUUAAAUUCAAUAUUCAAUUUAUUUCGCAAUUUGAGAUUCAAAUGUGCCUAAUAUAGUGUUCCCCUAUUUUGCGAGCUAUGCAUAGCUUUUGUUCAGUCCAUCCGUUCAAACCCCGCUUUCCACCACUUAUUGAGACAUUAU